GUUUUCUUCGGCGCUCACAGCGAAAGAAUCAGGAGGCGGGUGUGUAGCGGUUCAUAUUCUUCCCUCUUUUCUCUUGCUCCGCGGUCUACUCCUUCACAUUCCUUUUCACUUUUAUCCCCACACUCAACAUGGAGACCCGCCGGAGAUUCCCUCCUCCAUCCUGCACCUCGCCCUCCCCCGCCUCCACUCUCCGCUCCCUUCCGGCGGCGCCUCGCUCUUCCGGCGACCGCAUUCAAGCCUCCGACGCCCUUCCAAUCCCUAUCCGCCACACCAACCUCCUCUUCUCCCUCUUAUUCGUCUGCUCCAUUGUCUUUCUCAUGCGCCGCUGGCGUGACAAGGUCCGGGAAUCGAUCCCUCUCCACGCCGUCGAUCUCUCUGAGCUCGUCUCCAUCAUUUCCGUCGUCGCAUCCCUCAUCUACCUCAUCAGCUUUUUCGGCAUCGCUAUCGUUCAAUCUAUCGUCUCCUCUCACGAAGACGAGGUCGACGAUUUCCUACCCGAUAGCAAAAUGACUCCCAGUCCAGCCCCUUCGUCUGAUCUGGCUUCGCCGGUGCUCGCAGGCCUCGAAGAUGAGGAUAUUAUUGCGGCUGUUGUUGCCGGCAAGACGCCAUCCUAUGCGCUGGAGUCAGCGAUUGGAGACUGCCACCGCGCUGCUGAGAUCAGGCGAGAGGCAAUAAGAAGGAUCUCCGGAAGGGGCUUGGAUGGGCUUCCUCUUGAGGGGUUUGAUUACGGGUCGAUUCUUGGGCAGUGCUGCGAGAUGCCUGUGGGAUAUGUUCAGCUUCCUGUGGGUAUUGCUGGGCCGUUAAUACUUGAUGGAAGAGAGCACUAUUUGCCGAUGGCGACAACUGAGGGGUGCCUCGUGGCGAGCACUAACAGGGGGUGCAAGGCGAUCGCGGAGUCAGGCGGCGCAGCCAGCGUGGUGCUUAGGGAUGCAAUGACAAGGGCGCCGGUGGUGAGGUUUUUGACUGCAGCGAGGGCCGCUGAGCUCAAGUUCUUCUUGGAGGAGCCUACUAAUUUCGAUAACCUUUCCGUCAUUUUCAACAGAUCAAGUAGAUUUGCAAGACUUCAAGAUAUCCAAUGUGCACUUGUAGGGAGAAAUCUCUACAUGAGAUUUUGCUGCACCACUGGAGAUGCAAUGGGGAUGAACAUGGUCUCUAAAGGUGUGCAAAAUGUCUUGGACUACAUUCAAAAUGAUUUUCCGGACAUGGAUGUUAUCAGACAUUCGUCUGUUGAUUGUCGUCCUGCUCAAGCUGCCCCGUCUAACCCUGUGCCUGAUUCGGUUUUGAACUGUGCUGUUGUUGAGGCUUUUACGCCUGAUUUGGUGUUAAGCGCUUUGCCUGAUGUUGCUGGCACUUAUGCAGAUGCUCUAGUUGUUGGCCAGUCUUUUGCUUUGGUUGGAAUUUUCUCCGGUGGGCUGCCUAUUUCUAAUGUUGUGCCGCUGGAUCCCGUGGUGGAUGAGUCUGUUCCGGCCAUCCAUGGCCAGCGGGUAUGUGUUUCUGAGCCUAAGGGUGGUAAUUGUGUCGUUAACCUGCAACCUAUUGUGUCGUGCGCUACUUCUGUGCCUACCAUGUGUGGCUUGGUUUCGACUGAGGUUCCUUGUGUGCUUGCCGAGGUUUUAGAUUCCUCUAUUUCCCCUUCUAAGAGUAAUUCGUCUGUUUUUCCUGCGGGUGAGGUCUCUGCUCGUUUGGUUGCCCCUCCUGCUUCUUCCCCUGUGACGCCUACUGUUACUGCUUCUGGUCCUUUGGUUGAUGUUCCUGUUAAUUUAAUAGCCCCUGAGGCUUUGCAUUAUCAUGUGGGUGACAAUUCGGGGGUGGAUGUGAGAUUGCAAAUUGACUGGCUUCAAUGUUCAUCCGAUUCUUCUUUUGAGUCUAGUGGGGAUGAAGAACCUGGAAGUGAUUUUGCCUUGCAGCAUGACAGACCUGUUGUUUGUAUCGCUCUCGUGAUAGGGGCAGACGUGGUUGGAAAUAACUUUGGCUUGGUGUGGUUGUUUUGGAUCAUUGGUCGGUUUCAUUCCUGGUUGGUUCGUGCCUGGUGGUGCUGUUUGGUUGGUUUGGUUUGGUUGGUGGUCGGUUUCAUUCCUGGUUAG